AUGUUCAAGAAAAUUCAAAGAGUGUUGCCGUGUGUCACAGCAGAACAACCACUCCCAUAUAAACCAACCGCAUUGCUAGAUAUUGCAGCUCCCAAUCCGGAUUUUGACCCUUCGGUCAUCUACCAGAAUCGUAGAAAUUGCGGUGUUAACUUUGGCUCGUUGUUCGUUCUAGAAAAAUGGAUAUUCGAAUCACUAUUUAACGACGACUCUAAAACUGAACUUGAGGCUGUCACCUUGCUCAACUCGAAAAACGGAACUAAAGGUGCCGCUGAAAAGUUGAAGAAGCACUAUGAAGACUACCUGGAUCGUGUCGAAUGGGACUGGUUGGUCGAGACUGGUGUGACUUCUAUUAGGUUGCCGAUCGGUUACUGGCACGUGAACAACGGUGCAUUUGUUAGGGGCACGCUAUUUGAGAAGGUUAAGAAUGUCUACCAGCAGGCUAUGCCUUGGGACUUUGUCAAGGCCUUGAUAGAAGAGGCUUCGAAGCACAAGAUCGGUGUCCUACUUGAUAUUCACGGUCUUCCCGGAGGAGCCAACGGCGAGGCUCACGGUGGAGAGGGGAAAGAUCCUACUUUCUUCAGCACUUCGAAGUUUGUUGACUUGGUCUGUGACGAGAUUAUCCCAUUUAUGGUCAUGGACACAGCACGCUUUUCCAAUGUUGUCGGUAUACAGUGUGUCAACGAGGCCGCCUUCAACUACGAGGCUGUGAACGAGAAGAAAUACUACCAAAGAGCUCUACGUGCUAUCAGGGAACACUCACAAUACUUGCCUCUCGUGAUUUCCGACGGCUGGUGGCCAGAUCAAUGGUCAUACUGGCUAAGAGCUAACAAUCUCGCUGCCGAAAUCGUUAUUGACAGCCACGUCUACCGUACUUUCCAAGAUAGCGACAGAGAAAAGAGCGCCGAGGAAAUUAUCGACGAUUUGAAGGCUUCUAUCAAGUUAGACCCUACUACUGGAGAUUUCAUGGUCGGCGAGUUUUCUUGUGUCCUAGACGAGCAAACAUGGAGCAAGUCUAAGGGCAACCGUCAAGAACUUGCAAAACAGUUUGGUCAAAAGCAAGUCUCCAUUUUUAACAAGGUCGCUACCUGCGGUUGGUACUUCUGGACCUACAUGUUUCAGCACGGUGAUGGUGGCGAUUGGGGCUUCGUUCCAUCGGUAACCUCUGGUGCAAUUCCCCGCAGACAAAGAAAUGCCGUCAAGGUUGACGACAAGGUUAUCCAAGGCUUCAUAGACGAGCAUAACAAAUACUGGGAUGGUAAAGGUGGUGAUAAGAUGGAGCAUUGGAGAUUUGCUGAUGCUCUGAAGGGUACUGUGAAAGACAUUCAAGCCUUCGACCGUUUAGACAACUCUAGAAUAGGAAGGUUACACUUUUGGCGCCAAAUGCGUAGAGAACAGUACAUAAGAGCUAAAGGAGAUAGUGACUACAUGUGGGAAUGGGAUCAGGGGUUCGAAAAAGCUUUGGCUGAGUUCAAUAAAUAA